AUGAAUGUGAUCCUCAAGGGGGCUGUGGCUUUUUCGGUUGUAUUCUUAAGUGCUCCUACCACCGCUGCUCUUCACUGGUUUGUGAGUCCUUACGUUCACAAGCUCAGAGGGAAACUUGGUUCGGACAGCUUUGAGGUUGAGAUGAUGUCAUGGCUGGCUAUGUUUAUUCCAAAAGAGAAAACAUUGCUGAUUCCAAAAACCAUCAAGUUUGCUGAUAUAAGGCUACCCAAGACAAACAGGCCUUUCGUGACGUUUAAAGCUAAUGGAAAUUUCUAUUUCGUUGAUGCUGAGCACUGUCACAACAAGGCUUUGUUAGCAAAACUGACUCCACAGAAGGCAACUCAUGGGUCAGCUUUGAAGAAAUUGUGA